AUGAAUAAUCUUAGCUCUUUGAAUAUUGAUAUUGAUUUAGAGAGUAUAUUUCCUCCAUGUAUAAAGGAAUAUAAUGACACUCUAAAAACUUUUGUAGAUUUUCUUAGAAAUCCAUUUUAUAAUAUAUGCACUACAAUUUCACGUACAUUAUUAAAAUCUUCUAAAACUGGUUAUACAUUUUUUAAUUCCUGCAUUUACCUUAGUACCUACUUAAAAAAUAUAGAACGCAAAUCAGAAAAAGAUAAAAUAUCAUAUUGUAAAUAUUUUAGUUUCAAGCUAAAAGAAGAAAUAAAUGAUUUAAACCAUUCUUGCAAGAAUGAAGUAGAUUGUUACCAACAAAUGAUAAGCGUAAGUGUAGGAAAUACAAAAAAUAAUAAUAGUGUACCUGAUAGCUGCAAAGAUCUUAUUGAAAAUAUUCAUGAUGACACAUUUUCCCUAUUUCAAACGUUGGAAGGUCUAUAUUAUAAAUCAAAUGAAUUAUUAAACGACAAUGAAGUGUGCCCACAUGGUAGCUCCUGUUUUAAUAAUUAUAAAAAACUUUGUAAAAUAUGUCAAAAAGAAAAUAACAAAGAAUUACGCAUAUUUCUGGAAAAAUAUAAAGAUGAACAUUUGCAAAAUACACAUGCACCUUCCUGCAUUGAACCUCCUAAAUACUUACUUUCCUCCAGUAUACGCACUGUUCUUUUAACUUCAUUUAUUAUUACACUUUCAAUACCAUUUAUUGCGUUUAUCUUGUACGAGUAUACACCAUGUGGUUUAUAUUUACAACCAAGCAUAAGGAAGUUAAAAGAGAUAUGGAAUAAAAAAAGGAAAGAACAACAGCAAUUAAUAAAUUCUUUUGAAAGUACAUACGAUGAAUUAGUAGACAAAUCGUCCCAAAUAUCAUAUAGCGCAAUAGAUUGA